AUGUUGAUCUUGUAAAUUACCUCAACGAGGAUUUUCCCCAUUUUAGGCUGCUUGAUUUGAGUGCGCGGAUACUUUUUUUCUUCCCGUGCUACUAUGGUUAGUUGUCACAGACGCGGAGUAAAAUCAACAAAGUAUCCAUGCCAACAACCUCUACUGGUUUAGCUAGCCUACUCUCGUGUGUUUUGUGAGAAGUAGGCUAGUAGAGAUACUUUGGUAAUAAGGUAACGUUUGGUAGAUUCUGAUGACCCAUGUUAACAAACACGCAAAAUAAAGAAGAAAUAUAAAGAAAAUUGUUGCGCUGCUUUUUAAGAAAGAGACAUGGCCUCUGGGGAUCUGCAAUCAUCAGAUGUCCUGGAAGAUCUUAGGAAGCAGUGCCUGGCAAGAGGGGCUGCUGGAAUCAAGGGACUUGGGAGGACCUUUUGCAUUAUGGAUGACGAUAGUAGCAAAUCCCUGGAUCUGCAGGAGUUCCAGAAGGGGUUGGACACUUAUGGGGUGACCAUGGCCAAAGAGAGAGCUUUGGAAGUGUUCAGCAUAUUCGAUAAGGAUGGAAGUGGAACAGUCGAUUUCAAUGAGUUCCUGGAAAAAUUAAGGCCCCCAAUGUCAAACGCGAGAAAGCAGAUCAUUGCAGAGGCUUUUAAGAAGCUGGACAGGACAGGGGAUGGUCUGGUGACCGUAGAGGAUCUGCAGGGUGUCUACAACAGCCAGCACCAUCCUAAGUUCAAGAACGGAGAGUGGAGCGAGGAGCAAGUGUUUCGCUCGUUCCUGGACAGCUUUGACUCACCCUACAACAAAGAUGGCAAGGUCACACAAGAAGAGUUUCUGAACUACUACAGUGGAGUGAGUGCCUCUAUCGACAGUGACGAAUACUUUGUCACCAUGAUGAGAAAUGCCUGGAAAUUGUAGGAUUCCAGUCACUUCCAUGCUGAACAUCCAUCUUCAACACUUGCUAUGCUGAUAGGAUUUGGAAAGAGACCUCCUGUGGCUGUCUGGGGAACUGCAGUGAUCCAGUAAACAGACAUAGUGGUUACUGUAUAGCAGAUGGAACCUUGUUAUUUAGGCUAGGUAGAAAUACAUCUGUAGAUAAGUCUUUUUGAGGUUAGGGGAAAUUCUGUCAGCACCAUAUGGAUCAAUAAAGUAUCUAUCUACACCAAA